UCCCCGCCGUCUCCAAGGAAAAGCGACGCCGCAACGGAGAGAUGAAGCGGAGCCUGAAGUGAAAUGGGCGGGAAUAUUUGUAGUGCCAGGGUUAAACCGGCAGUGCAGGCAGAUUGGCAGCGACGCAACGGAGAUGCAGCAUCAUUCUCCUUCUCAUCUUGCAGAAGAUCGUAACCCCAUAUCACCACUUCGGCACUUGCUCCAUCGGAUGUGUUUUUGCCACUAGAAUUCAUGAUGCCGCGGUCAUGAUCCCCUUCUCCGAGGUGGGAUCGGGGCGACAAUGAUGGGCACGAGAGUACGUUGAAUUGAGGACCAAGUGGGGGGGAGCUCUUAGUUGUUGUAACUGUGUGUGUGAUACGCUACGAGUGUGUUAAUUCCAUUGUCGAGGCUCGCGCUCUGCUGCUGAGUAGUAAUUGUCAACGGUAGUGGGAAUUUUCCAUGUGCGUUUGCCUUGGUGAACUUGCAGAGUGGUGAUUAAUGACAACGUGAAUCUGCAGCGCUAUUUAUCAAAGCUACGCAUCACCAGAAUUUGUGAGGUUUGGCAUUCAGGAGUCCUCACUGGUUGGAAGAUGGAAGCGAAUGCGGGCUUGGUGGCUGGAUCUCAUAAUCGAAACGAGCUGGUUAUCAUUCGUCAGGACGGCGAUGGGCCAAAACCACUAAACAAUGUUAACAGCCACAUUUGUCAAAUUUGUGGAGAUGACGUUGGGAUCACUACGGAAGGGGAGCUUUUCGUAGCGUGCAAUGAAUGUGGUUUCCCCGUCUGCCGCCCCUGCUACGAGUACGAGCGUCAUGAAGGCAAUCAGUCUUGUCCCCAAUGUCGAACUCGUUAUGAAAGACACAAAGGAAGUCCGAGGGUCGACGGUGAUGAAGACGAAGACGACACAGAUGACCUAGAAAAUGAGUUUAACUACAGAGAUGUUCAUAAGCAAGACAAGCAGCAAGCUACAGAUGACGUGCUACAUAGCCACAUGAGCUACGGACUUGAAAAUGACCAGACGAUGUCAUCAAUGCGGUCCCAGUUUUCCCUUCGCACGGUCUCUGGAAUGAGUGAAUCGAAUUCGACUUCACUUGAACAUCAUGCUAUCGUUCUUCCUCCAAGUUCAGGUGGGAAGAGGAUUCACCCCAUUCCUUACCUUGAAGGUGGCACCCCAGUGGGAGCUCGUCCAAUGGAUCCAACCAAGGAUCUUGCUCAAUAUGGUUAUGGCAGUGUUGCUUGGAAGGAAAGGGUAGAGAGCUGGAAGCUAAGGCAGGGGAAGUUGCAAAUGACGAUGACGGAAGGAGGUCAGCUUCAAGCCGGUGGGAAGGGUGGUCCAGAGGAAGACGACCUCAAUGGGCCCGACUUGCCUAUAAUGGAUGAGGCAAGGCAGCCCCUAUCAAGAAAAGUACCCUUUCCAUCUAGCAGAAUUAAUCCUUAUAGGAUGAUAAUUGUCAUCCGCCUGGUAGUGAUUGCUUUCUUCUUUCGUUAUCGCCUAUUAAACCCCGUUCCUGGUGCAUACGGAUUAUGGCUGACAUCUGUGAUCUGCGAAAUAUGGUUUGGUGUCUCUUGGAUACUUGAUCAGUUUCCGAAGUGGUUGCCAAUUAACCGUGAGACCUACUUGGACCGGCUAUCUCUCAGGUAUGAAAAAGAGGGUGAGCCAUCCCAGCUGGCUCAUGCUGAUAUAUUCGUCAGUACUGUGGAUCCUGCCAAGGAACCGCCACUCGUCACAGCCAAUACUAUGUUAUCUAUCCUUGCCGUUGACUAUCCUGUCGACAAAGUCUCCUGCUAUGUCUCUGAUGAUGGUGCAGCCAUGCUGACAUUUGAGGCUUUAUCUGAAACAUCAGAGUUUGCUCGAAAGUGGGUUCCUUUCUGUAAGAAAUUUAACAUUGAGCCCAGAGCCCCUGAGGCUUACUUCGCUUUAAAGAUUGAUUACCUGAAGGAUAGAGUGCAGCCUACAUUUGUCAAAGAGCGCAGAGCCAUGAAGAGAGAAUAUGAGGAGUUCAAAGUGCGGGUAAAUGCACUAGUAGCAAAAGCUCAGAAAGUACCAGAGGAAGGGUGGACAAUGCAAGAUGGAACACCUUGGCCUGGGAAUAACACCAGAGACCAUCCAGGAAUGAUACAAGUAUUUUUGGGUCACAGCGGUGGACGUGAUACGAAUGGGAAUGAAUUGCCGCGAUUGGUUUACGUAUCAAGAGAGAAACGCCCAGGCUUCGAUCACCACAAGAAGGCUGGUGCCAUGAAUGCAUUAGUUCGAGUUUCAGCAGUUCUAACAAAUGCCCCCUUUUUCCUCAACUUGGAUUGCGAUCAUUACAUAAACAAUAGUAAAGCACUCCGAGAAGCCAUGUGCUUCUUAAUGGAUCCAACAGUUGGCAAGCGAGUUUGCUAUGUCCAGUUUCCACAGCGAUUUGAUGGCAUCGACCGAAAUGAUAGAUACGCCAACCACAACACAGUCUUCUUUGACAUCAACUUGAAAGGUCUCGAUGGUAUUCAGGGUCCUGUGUAUGUGGGUACUGGAUGUGUUUUCAAAAGGCAAGCCCUUUACGGUUAUGACCCUCCUCCGAAAGAUAAGAUUUCAAAAAGGAGUCACAUUAGUGGUAUAUGCCCAACGUGGUGCUGCGGACCUCGCAUGCCUAGGCCCAAAAAGCCGAAAUCGAAAAGCAGUGGGAAAUUGAAAUGUUCUGCAAGAUUGGACUCUGCUGUGCCUAUCUUCAGUCUCGAAGACAUGGGAGAACGAAUCGAGGGAAUGGAGGACGAAAAAUCAUCACUAAUGUCUUUACAGAACUUCGAGAAGCGUUUUGGUCAGUCUCCUGUCUUUGUUGCCUCCACGCUCUUAGAGGAUGGAGGGGUACCACAUACUGCAAAUCCCGGAUCUUUACUGAAGGAAGCAAUUCAUGUGAUUAGCUGCGGGUACGAAGACAAAACAGAAUGGGGAAAGGAGAUUGGAUGGAUUUACGGAUCGGUUACGGAAGAUAUUCUUACAGGCUUCAAGAUGCAUUGUCGAGGAUGGCGUUCAAUAUAUUGCAUGCCCCCACGACCGGCAUUUAAGGGAUCUGCUCCUAUCAAUCUUUCUGACCGUCUGAAUCAAGUAUUGCGUUGGGCCCUUGGAUCCGUAGAAAUUUGCCUCAGUCGACAUUGUCCUAUUUGGUACGGCUAUGGUGGUGGAAAGAGUGGUGGGCUAAAAUGCCUAGAAAGGCUAGCGUACAUCAACACUACUGUAUAUCCCCUAACAUCGUUGCCUCUCCUCGCGUACUGUGUUCUUCCAGCAGUUUGCUUGCUCACAGGCAAAUUCAUCAUCCCAUCGAUAAGCAAUCUCGCAAGUCUAUGGUUCAUUUCUCUAUUUAUUUCCAUUUUUGCUACGGGUAUCCUUGAAAUGAGGUGGUCAGGAGUUGGUAUAGAUGAGUGGUGGAGAAACGAGCAGUUUUGGGUCAUCGGAGGUGUAUCUGCUCACUUAUUUGCCGUCUUCCAAGGUCUUCUGAAGGUGUUUGCUGGCAUUGAUACGAACUUCACCGUCACUUCUAAAUCUUCUGAGGACGAGGACUUUGGGGAGCUUUAUGCUUUUAAGUGGACUUCACUGCUAAUUCCCCCCACAACCCUUCUCAUCAUUAACUUAGUUGGCGUUGUUGCCGGAAUCUCUGAUGCAAUCAACAACGGAUAUCAAACAUGGGGUCCUCUAUUUGGCAAGAUUUUCUUUGCCUUUUGGGUAAUUGUACACUUGUAUCCUUUCCUGAAAGGUUUGAUGGGCAGGCAGAACCGCACUCCAACAAUCGUGAUUGUGUGGUCGAUUCUGUUGGCUUCCAUUUUUUCUCUUCUUUGGGUUCGUAUCGAUCCCUUCUUGACCAAAGUCACCGGCCCAGAUCUUCAACAAUGUGGGAUUAAUUGUUGAUGAUAUUUAGUUUCUGGACAUUAGAGUCAUUUCAGUGUGAUGGCAUUGCCAUCAGAGGGCGUCACAAGCAUCGAAUGGAACAGAAGCUGAAAGUUCCGCAUCAGUUCGGGGACUGCUGGAAGAAUCAUAUUGAUUUUACUCUUUUCUACUGAAAUGCGCGAGCAGCAGAUGAAAUGAACUACCGGAGAAUAUCCGAUGUCUUUCAAAUACUACUUGCAAGCCAGAAGAGGCAAGGGUCUAUGGCGAUUUGUAAUAUAAUUCACUGGGAAGACUUUCUUUCUCAUGUUGAGUUUUAGAACGUUUGCUAGGAAUUUUUUCUGAGUAUUUCUGUCAGCCAUGGUACGUAGAUCCGAAGUUUUAAGUCCAAACGCUCAUACCUUGACAGAUUAGUGAGAAUAACCAUUCUCUGCCUCACCACAUGUAAAGCAUGCCUAAUAGUUUAUACUUCAAUGCAAGGUUUCAGGUGCACCUUCAACCCUAAAA